CUCCGUAUUUCUUUUAAACAUAUUCACUAUUUAGCUAAAACAAUUAAGCAAUUACAUUUCUUUUUUUUAUUGUUUACAUUGAAAUCAAUGUUUUAGACAAGUUACAUUUUGACUUGCUUGCAGUAACAUUUCUUAUUAACGUAAGUUACAUUUCUUUACACACAAGUUAUAUCAUUCUGCUACUCGAACAAGAAAAAAUACAAAAAUAGUUACUGUUCAUGCGUGUACUGUUCACGCGAGUUACUAUUCACCCGUGUUUUUUUUAAAUUGCAAAACUGUGUCGUUUUUGGGCUUGGAGCACCGUGCUCACCGUGUGAUGAUCCCAUCGUAUAAUUUGCGCCCGUGAGUGUGGUGACAUGGCAUCCAAAUGUCAUUUUUGGACUUCUUCUUUUUUCCCUUUUUCCCCAUUUUCCCCGUUUUUUCUUUCUUCUAACUCAAACGUUUUCUCCAUUUUUUUCUUUCUUCUAACUCAAACGUUUUCUCCCUGCUUCUACCCGAGCCCUGCUUCUCUUCUACCAAUCCCUCUUAAAUUCUCCUCCCCUUUUUUCUUUCCUCUUCCACGCCAUUUGCUACAAAUAUUUUGUUUCUUCUUCUUACAUGUGAGGAACUCCGGCGAGGAGGGCGGCUAUGGCGGUGGAUCUCUUGAGCUCCUGAAUCCUGAUGCGACGUCGUUGGAGACAGUCUUUGUCGGUGGCGGUGAGAAUUAGCUCGAGAAGGUGACCAGGUGGCAACAAUUGAUGACCUCGAACCAGGCAGAAGAAAGAAGAAGAAAUGGACGGUAGAUUCCGGAUGACCAAUCUGCUCAAACCGGGCAGAGGAAAGAAGGGGAUGUGGAAGUUGGAGAUGGUUGGGCAGAAAGAAGUAGAGGGAGAACGGGGCAGAAGAAGAAAGUGACCAGAGCUAGGAGACGAGAUCGAAUUUUUGGUGAGCACCUCCGGCGCGCAUCUCCGUCGAACACCUCCGGCGAAAGGAACAACUAACAAGGAAGGAAACAGAGGAUAACGAAAGAAGCAAACGAAGAGAAGAGAAAUGGCUGGCGGAAGGGAAAAAAGAAGAAAGUACGUAUCUCAUAGCUCAGCCGGAGAAACGUCUAGGGAAGAACAAAGUUUCUUAGAAUUUAGGGAAUUAGUAUGUUUUCGAUGCUUUACAUAUGACCGAGUACUUCUAUUUAUAACUAUACAGAUAACUAAUGCUAAUAAACGAA